AUGAAAGAUAAUAUUUAUGAAGAGGGUGUUUAUAAAGAAGUUACUUUGUCCAAUCGAAUCCAUUGUGCUGCAUACUGCAUGAAGGAUGAUGAGUGCAAAGGAUUUGGAUUUAAAGGGAAGUCUGGAUGCUCUUUAUUAAACACAUACAUGAGUGAAAACUUUUGUAGUGAAUUCGCGUGCUCAGAGCAGAAAGGAAUUAAAAUAUACAUGCCUGAACCAGAAAUUACCACAUCUACUAAACAGCCAACAACCACAUCCACUACCCAAGAACCAACAACAACUUCAACAACGCAAGAGCCAACUACAACGUCAACUACUCAAGAACCAACUACUACAUCAACUACUCAGGAACCUACUACAACGUCAACGACUCAAGAACCCACUACUACAUCAACAACUGAAGAUCCUACUACAACAUCAACUACCCAAGAACCAACUACAACAUCAACUACUCAGGAACCAACUACUACUUCAACCACGCAAGAACCAACUACUACUUCAACAACUCAAGAACCAACUACUACUUCUACUACACAAGAACCAACAACUACUUCUACUACACAAGAACCGACAACUACUUCCACUACGCAAGAACCAACAACUACUUCAACUACGCAAGAGCCAACAACUACUUCAACUACGCAAGAGCCAACAACUACUUCAACAACGCAAGAGCCAACUACUUCAACAACGGAAGAGCCAACAACAGCAAAGGGCACAACUGUAACACCAGAGCCCAUAGAAAUGCCUGAAGUUACCCUACCUCCAAUACCAGAAAUUAAACCUAAACAAAAAAGUGAUGUAAUUGUCGCUUGCAAAGACCAAGAGUCAUUGCUAGGAAUUGUAGCGGAAGCUUUCUAUUUUGAUGGUGAACCACUAAGACAAACAACUUGUGUACCGUAUGGAGGAGAUAUAUAUGCUAACAAGGAUCUUACCCUUACUAAAGAUAUAGAGCCUGAGGAAGAAUUUAAAUGCCCUGAUGGAUUUCUUAUUUUCAAUAUGACUUGGCAUGUAGAAGAUAGAUUGUUGAAAAAAUUCGAUGUAUCUUGUAGAGAGCUGAAAGCUGAUUGCAUCAAAAAAGGAGAAAAGAAAGAUGUUGAAAAUUCAAGCGUUAGCAUGGAAUGCGAGAAUAAAUCAGCCAUGAGCAGUUUCAAAGCGAAGAAAAAAUCAGAGCUUGAUUAUGUAGUGAGCAGCAUUUGUCAAGUGCUGGAUGUGACAUGCAUAGUACCGAAGGUUGUCCCUCCUAAUUUUGGCUAAAACGUCUGGAGAAAAACGGCAAAUUCCACAAUCCUUAAAAUUUCAAAUUUUAUUUUUAAAUACUUAUAGUUCAACAGUUAAAUAUCAAAUUUCUUGUAGCAACACUAGAAAAACUCCUUACGCCAAAAUGAAACAUUCCGCCACAACAAAGUAAAAUGUUUACUAAGUAAAAUAAUAUUAAAAUAUAUAUCAAAAAUAUUUAUUCUACAUACUAAUAAUUUCACUGAAAAUCGUUCUAUUUGCUGAUGGUUUUUCUUAAAUAUUAGAGCUUAAUUUUUCGACUUUCCACGGAAAUUUUGAUUUUUAAUUGCAGGUUGGUAGGUGCAUUAUUUACGUCGCACUAGUGCUGCACAAUUGGCUAUUGGCGAUGGUCGGGAAGCAUUCCUGAUGAUGAUCCAGAGACAUGCCAUAAUUUUGUGGGGCCAUUUCCUCAAUUUAGACAUAGAUCUGAAGGGGAGGGAAAGUUUCUUUAGAUCAUUGUAUCUAUGGUACUACUCAGUGACCGAUCAUAGGAUUUUCGAUUCCACUGACUUUACGAGCACGUGUAUCACAUGUGGUCGGUGGAUCUUAGUGGAGUCGAGGAUCGGACCGGAGUUAACUUGAUCCUAGCACGCAUUUUGGAGCCGUUUAAAUAAUCAUGUUUUUAGCAAUUUUGGACCGUUCCGCUCCUUGUCAGUAAAAAUAAGCAAUUUAUAAUUGUUAGCAAAAAUAAGCAAUACUCUCCAUGGUUACGUAAAAAAGACGCAGAAAUCCCACUCUUGAUUUUCUCUCUCUCACGUAAUCUAGUUUUAAGAAUUUUAGGGUUAAAUUCAAUUAAAAGGUUUAACCGUAAUUUGCUUCUUUAUUCAUUAUUUAUAGUAA